AGCGAGGCUUUAGUUCGUCGUGCUCUAAGACGGUGUCCCCAAUCUGACCCUCACUGCGUGCAAUGGUCGAAUCGUCCCUGGCCAACUGGGACGGCUCUCAGAAUCAUAGCCACACCCCGGCUAUGGCGCGUAGCAUCGGCGCGCACACAGUGAGACACCCUCGCUCGGACCAUAUCUCGCAGCCCAUCCAACACAAGCCCAACCCUACACCGAAUGCGAGCGCUGGCCCGAGUAAAAUUGUGGGCGGGUGGGUCGGCACUGAGACAGCAGCCGAGGAGACAGAGUCGGGGAGGGAUGCGCGCACUUCGGGCGCGCCGCGAUUAGCAAACGCGGAUUGGUAUGCGCGUUUUCAUGCUGGCGAAAUAGAGAGCUCCGCGCUUUUGGGAAUCUCGCGUAGAUUCCAGGCUCCGGGGCAUCCUUUGAAUAACGCGAUGGCUACGACCAUCCAUCAUCUAGUAUCCUCAGACGCUGACCAACCUUUGGCGACAUCCACCCGACCAUCCUCGGCUUCUCGAGACGCACACGUCCAGGGGCGUCCGUCUUCAAAGAUUCAAUCCGACGCGUUUUGCGAUACGUCGCCCGACGCCGCUUCCUCACUGUUGUCAUCCCCAAAGUCACCCCCGCAUGCGCCGCCCUUCUCAACGCGCGAACUGUUCAGUGCGCACGUUCCCGAACCCAUUUCUUCCGCAUUCGGCGCUCCCGGGCCGGCGCUCACCAUGACGGAUGUCGCACCAUCAAUAUUCUCCGCGUCUCAAGGCGCUGGAGUGCAAGGAGCGCUUGCACAGGCUGUCGCGAGCGACGGGUCGCUAUUUUCCUCCCUGAUGAGAUCGGAAGAGGAGGAGGAGGACUUGCUGACGAGGGGCGUGCAGGGAAAGGCAAAACCGCAGGAUGAUGUUUUCUUAGCGGCACCGCGCCAUGAAGUUGGCAUCGAGCCGAAAAGCACGCUCUUUACGCGCUCCUCUUCUCAUUCGACAUCGUCUCGGUCUCGCUCGCGUUCCCGCUCAUCACCAGCAUCCUUUACAAUCACCAAUCCCCGCGAUCUCUUCUCUCCUGGCCCCGAAACGGCGAUACCAGCUCCUCCGCGGAUCCGGAGAACGAUCGCACCGGGUGUCGGGAAAGCACACAAGAUCCGCAAAGAGCGUCACCCAGCAGACGCAUUGGACCGCACCACGCCGCGCCUCAAUGAGCUCAGAGGGAGGCAGCGCAUGCGAACGCGGUUGGUCAUGGACUAUGUGCUCGUUCCAUCUGCUCCGUAUCUGUUGCACAAGAGGAGAAAGGCCAAACCUCGAGUGAAACGGUUCGAGAUAACAUCGGAGGAUUCAUCGGUGGAGGAAUAUGCGGUUGAUGCGCUCUCUUCAAGCUAUAUGGCAAACGCGAUGUCACAUACCCCGUAUUCCGCCCUUUCCGCGAAAGUCAAAGGAAAACGGCCGAUGCGAGAGUCGGUCAGCCGACCGCUCAAACGCGCUCGAAAAGAUGGAGUGUCGCGAACGAAACUGACCUGGACGUCGCUGCUAGAUGAAGAGGAAGUUGAGGAGGAGGAGGAGGAGGAGGAGGACACGCCUAAGAUCUAUCUGGAAUUCGACAUGGACACGAGAGAUGCAGACCGGGCAUCAUACCGGGCGCUGGCGCUCAAUCGUGAGAGGUACGGGAUACCGGCAGGAUACGACGAUGCGGCGCAACGUGUUUGGAGGAGAAGGACGUGUUGCUUCGAGCCGCGUUCCAGGACUGUGAAAGAGAACCUUUGCAACGACGAACAAGACGACGAGGAAUUCCUCCUGACAUGUGGCGCUUCCAUUCUAGAGGGUGACAGGCUCCUGCUGGUCUCUCAUGAAAAGAAAACGAGAGGGCGACCGUCGAUGAAGCGGUCGGCUGUGGAAUUGGACCGGUCCCGUCCUCGCGGGGUUUCGACGAAGGUCAAGUUGGAUGAAUCGCCUGAAGAGAAGUCCGCUCUCAUGACGGAAACGGGAUUCGCAAUAGAAAACACUGUCGAGGGAUCGAUAUUGGACGACAUAGCUAUCGAACCACCGCCCCCGCCAGCGCACACCGACGGUAACAUAGAUUCUCACGACGACCCUCUUGAGUCACAAGGCGAUGUUUUCGAGCCACAAGUUGAUGGCAUUUACGAUGGUUUCAAGCCAUACGAUGAUGGCGACUUGGAACCGGUCAAGGAUGGUCCAAUCACUCCCCACAUCGAGCCUUUCGAGCCACACAGCAAUCCCGUUGAGCCUCCAUCGGCCAUCCCCGUACCAUUUGAUCCUCAGCCGUCUGUUCCGAGCUCGGAUGCAAAACCACAUUCCCUUCCGGGGUUCAAAGACGAAUUGGUCGGUCAGGAAUCAUUCUAUCCGCAGCUUCCGACCUGGAGCUCCGUUCUCGAACCGGAUCCGUCAUCAAUGUCGAUGGAAGAGCAAGAACGGCCCGCCAGCUACGAUUGUUUGUCCUUUCAAUCGUCAUUAUCGGAAAAGGCGCUGGGGAAGCAGCGAGAGCGAGAGCCAAGUCCCCAGAUCCUCGAGCAGGAAGACUUCAUGUCGAUGUUCGUGAACAUGGACUCUGCUGAGGAGUCGUCGCCCAAGGCUCAGGCUACCAGUCUGCUGCAGAAUCCCACGCCGCUGGUCUUGAUGCAUACCUCUGCUGCCCGUGCUUUCAUGGAACUGGAUGAGCUGCCGCGAUUUCCAGCACGAAGAGAAGAUGUGUGGAAUGGGACAAUCGACCCUGCUGUUCUGCUUGGGGAUGACCUGCCAUGUCCGCCGGAAGAACUUGCCUCGACGUCGCCCCGGAAGAGAAAACGGCGAGUAUUGGCGGACAUGGUCGCCAUUGACGAGCUUGAUUUCGCUCCAAAUGCCGCGCCGAAACGAGUUUCUACUAAACGACAAGGACAAAAACCCGGACCGAAACCCCGACCGAAGCCCAAAGUUGCAGUCAGCUCUGCUCGUGAUACUUCGCCUGCGCAAGAGCUGAGCGCGGACCCCUUCUUUCGAUACACGGGCCCGCCGUGGCCGGCCGGCGACGACCCCGACGAAGAUUUCUGUCACCACUGUCGACGCAAGACGGGAAAUGCGACGAUGAAGUUUACGGAUUGCGCCCAUGCAUUCUGUGUGAGAUGUGUGAUAGUCAAAUACGACCCUGGCACGGUCCCUUUUGCGCUGACACGGCCGACGGACGACUGUCCCCGAUGCCAGGACACGUGCCGGUGCGAUAUCUGCACCAAACGGCGCGGCGAUGUGUACGUGCACAAAAGACCGACGGCGAGGACGGCGCAGCAUACGCCCCUGGACGAGAUCACGCUCCGGGCACCGCAGGCGUACUAUGCGACGAUGUACGGUGUGAAUGGCGCGCCACUGGCCCGGACUUUCUUGGGCGCAAAUGGAGACUCGAGUGUCGUGCGGGCGAAGCCCCUGGAGAGACGGCUUCAGCGGCGGGUUUUCGUUGGCCGUGUGCAGGAGCACUGGGCUCUGGGCGAUGCUAUCGUGUACGUUGAGCCGACGCCGGUCAGGGCUGGACUUGGUGCGGGGGCGUUCGAUGAGAGCAGCGACGACGACGACGAGGACGAGAGUGACCGCGAGGGCCCGAAGGAUGACGUGCAGGAGAAGAGACUAUAUAUCGGAGACGAAAGCGUUCUCCGUCUCCCCCCUGCGGUGCUGAUCCAGGAUUUCAAACCUGUCGCCGAGGACAACUACUGGUACCGCGAUUCGUCGAUGAGCGAGACACCUGCCAGUGCGGUAGAGGAGGAGGGUAUCAUCAUGUCCGGCACGGGGCUGACGCCGACGCAGCUGGAGCAGGUCAUCACGUGUGCGUUGGGGUAUGCCCGGAAGAGUCAUUCAGGCAGGGAUGAUCAGCAAUGCGACGGGAGGACUGAGGAUCACGACCGCGACACUCUCAAGGAGGCGGAACCCAGUCAGCCGGUCAGUGAACCGGCCCCUGCGGAAAUCCCCACGGAUGUUUCCAGCUUAUUGGUCAAGCUGGACCAUGAUCACUGAUGUGUACUAUACGCUUUUUUUGUCCUACAUACAUACAUGGCCGGAAUUACUGUGGACAUCAUUCUGCUAUUUACGAACUCGUCAAAUGCACAGCCACUGGACCAUCGACACGAUCACAUGUCUGAUAAAACACGCACCGCGCUCCUAUUGGAGACGAAAAUCACCAACGAGAAGCGGAGUCUUAUGACAGAUCUGUGAUCUGUGAUCUCAGCUCAGCCUGCUGCUUCGUGCGCCCCCUCUAAUCGAACCAUGUCUCUUCCCAACCCCAAGCAACUGGAGAACGCACGCGGCUUCCUCGAGUCCAUCAACGCGCUCGACUGGGACGCGCUCGCCGCGCUCAUGGCGCCGGAUUUCCGGCACCGGUAUCUGCCGGGGAGCAUCCCGCCGCCGGACGGGAAGGAGUUCCGCGGCAGGGACGAGUUUCUGGGCGUGCUCAAGUUCAACCUGGGCUCCGGGAAGGUGUUCGGGCCGACGAAGUAUUACGCCUUGAACGAGGUCCAUGGGCAGGAUGCGGUCGUGUUCCAUGUCAAGUCGGACGGCGCGUCGGUCUCGGGCAAGGCGUACCACAACGAGUACAUGAUCACGUUCUACUUCGCCGGCGAGAAGAUCGUGCAGAUGGAUGAGUUCCUCGACUCGAAGUACACAUCCGCGUUCUUCCUGGCGCUCCGAGAAGAGGUUCCAGAGGCAGGGAAGAGCGCUUGAGUCACGAAGAUGGGACAUUCCUUUUCACGGGAUGUGCUCGACAACUUAGUUGUCAUUACUAUCCAGACUAUCCUUGCUUUGCACGCCUCCAGGAAGGUCUUGAUGACACUUUAGGUCACUAGGGACGAUCUUACGAACACAUACUGGCUUCCUUAUUGAGGGGUUGCAAUGAUUAUUAUUG